AUGGCUGCAACGAGCUCCUUCGCAGCCCACUCGCCGACCUGGCCGUGCGUGCCCCCCCGAGCCACCCUCAUCAACACCACCGGCCUGCUCGAAAACAUCAGUACCGUUGACGCGGGUCCGUUUCUAGCUGCUGGAUUUUGUACCGGCCUACGCCUUGGUGGCCUCAGGACUGGUGUCUGCCCUUUCUCGUCGCUCACGCUGUUCAGCACAACCAUAUCGGUGCUGGUGGCGGUGCGACCACCAAGAGGGUCGGUCGAGUGA